CCCGCUCGCUCGCUCUUUUCUGUUCUCUUCUCUUCUUUCGCGAGUGUCGAGAAAACCUAGAAGCGAGAGAGCACAAAACUAAUCUUGAGGUGUGUGUUGUGAUGUUGCUGGAGGAAUCUGCGAUCCACUCGCCACUUAUCGCCGUUUGGGAUCGGUGCAACUCGCAUUCUGCAUUGGACUCUGUGCCCAGGCGACUUUCAAUCGCCGAAAUCCAGCUAUUACCGCGAAAAAAAUUGCGGAGCUUGAAGUGGUGGUAAAGGACCAAGUGGGUGCUGCUGGAGUUUUGGGUGCUUUUUUUUUGUUUUUGUUGUCGUUGUUGUCCCAUGCGUCGUCCCCUUCCGUCCCUCCCUCCCCUGCUGCGAGUGGCGUAGGCUACAGUAGUAUCGAAGUGGAGUGGUGGGUUUGUUGCUUUUGUUUCCCUGGAGUUCGGUUAAGGUGGCCGAAACCGAGGUUGGGCGUGUGUGUAGUGGAGUGUUGGGAGUCGGUGUGUCGACUCAGCAAGAGCAUCGGAGGAGUCGCGAGUAGUGAUUCGGAGAAUGUGGUGUGGCGUAGCGGAUGAAGACCGCAGGUAGAAAGCUCUGAUGUGGAAUGGGAGGAGAGAGCUUGCAGCGCUGUUACAUGUAGUGGGCACUUUUGAUGGAGUGGAGAAGUUAUCAGGGUUUGCGGGUCGAUGUUGGGCAAGAGUGAUUGCGAACUAUUCUGUGUUUUUAAUCUGCGUUUGGAGCUUUGGGGACGACCGCAAUCUCUACCGCUGUAGGGCAAGGUGUUGUCCUCUUUGUAUUUAAGCGUUUGCACCCAACAGCAGUUUGCUUCUGCAAGCGUGGUUUAUAGAUUCCUGGAAAACCUGCGUUUGAGGGUCGGGGGAAAUGUCUUCUCCUAACUCAGGAUCCUGCCGAUGAUGUGUGGUGUGGGAGCUUAAGGUUGGGAAAUUGUUUUUAUCACUGCAUAAGUAGAAAGUCAAAGGACGAAACAGCUCAUGCCUGGAUUGAGGCACUGGAUGAUCCUUUAGUGAGUGAUUUUAUGACGAUGACCUUUAGCAUCACACAGGGCUGAUCAGUCGCAGACUUCAGUUUGGGUGAAGCUUUUCAGCUGGAGUUACCGAGAUCAUGCAGGACAACCCAAGGCAACUCUUUCAUAUUGGAGGCUAUGGCUUGUUUUCUGUAAGAAUGGGGUUGUAACAAAUAUGAGUACGAGGUGUUCAACCCUGCAUUGCACGUAUGUAUCAGGUGCCAGGGGCCUUGCAUUUUUAUUAGGCUUUGCCCACCGAAAAUGAGAACCUUGAGGAUAGCAGAUGGAUGCCGAGGGAGCAAUCAAGUGCAUGCUGUGUGUCCUGUCGACAAAAUUAGUGCUUAUCCUGGUCAAAGUAGUACCGGGAAGGGAGAUAAACUGUCUUAUGAAGACUCUGUGCAAUCGUCCAGCUCAUCGGUUUCAAAGUUGAGCGACCCUCCUUUAGAUCCCUACCUCAAGCCUGUGGAUUACGUGGAUACUUUAGCUGAGAUUUACGAGCAGUUGGAAACAGCGGCUGAGGUAGAUAAGGCCACUCUUUACCUAGAGCAAGCUUGUGUGUUCCGUGGCCUUGGUGAGACUAAGCUUCUCCGACGAAGCCUCCGCUCAGCCCGACAGCAUGCUGUUACCGUGCAUGAGAAGCUCGUUUAUGCAGCAUGGUUGAAAUAUGAAAAACGUGACGAAGAACUGAACGAUGGGAGUCCUAAUUUCUGUAGUGGUCGGAAACUGGAGUGCCUGCAGACUCUCCUUACUCCAGGGUUGUCUGUCGACCUUCCAACAGAUCCUUGUGCCUGUCGUUGUCCGCCUGGCGAGACCAGUUCUCAAGCGGGAGAGUACAGACCCUACAACAGCUUUGUUAACGAUAUAGUUUUUCAUUUAGGUGGAGAUGCAGUUCCAUGCAAUAGAGAGAAAAUAGCUGGCUUGUCAAUGCCCUUUAAUACUAUGCUGAACGGGGUAUUUUUAGAAGCCCGAAUGUGUGAUAUAGGGUUCUCCAAGAAUGGUAUCUCAGUGACAGGGAUGAGAGCUGUGGAUCACUUUAGUAAAACUGGUCGACUAGCACGACUUUCGCCAGAGAUGCUUCUCGAGAUACUUUCAUUUGCAAACAGGUUUUGUUGCGACACCCUGAAGGAUGCUUGCGAUCAAAAUCUGGCUACUUUUGUUCGAAGUGGAGACGACGUUAUGACAUUUUUUGUCUAUGCCUUGGAGGAAUGCGCGAAAGCUGUAGUAGGAGCUUGUUUGCAGGUGUUCUUUCGUGAGCUUCCGGGUUCUCUCAAGGCGCACCGACAGAUUAUAGAUACGCUUUGUACUGCUGAAGGGCGGGCCAAGUUUGCUAGGGUUGGCCAUUCUUCGUUUGCGUUGUAUGCCUUCUUGAGCCAAAUUAGCUUGGAGGAGAGCAUGUGCUCCGAUCGCACCGUUUCAUUAUUGGAUGGACAGAGACAUUGUGCAGUAUCCCAAAGGCAGAAAUCCAUUGCCUUUCAUCAGCUAGGUUGUGUUCUGUUUGCUAGGAAACAAUACCAAGAGUCCCUGGAGUACUUCGAAGCUGCUGUGGAGCAAGGGCACGUGUACUCAUGGGCUGGAAUAGCGAGAAUAAAACGCCAAAAGGGGCAAAAGGCGAUUGCAUAUGAUGAGUGUGCAGCUAUCGUUGCCAAUUACAGGCCCAGUGGGUGGAUGUUUCAGGAAAGGGCAUUAUGCAGUGACGACAAGGACAAGCUUGCAGAUUUGGUUAAAGCAACCGAGCUUGAUCCAACUCUGGCAUACCCAUACAAAUACCGUGCUGCCGCCCUGAUGGAUGAACAGAAGGUACAUGCUGCCAUAACCGAGAUCAACAGGAUCUUGGGUUUCAAGGUCACAUCUGACUGCUUGGAGCUUCGGGCCUACUUUUGCCUCGCACUUCAAGAAUACGAAGGUGCUGUGAGGGAUGUUCGGGCGUUGUUAACCCUUGACCCAUCAUACAUGAUGUAUGCUGGUCGUGUGGGUGCAAAUCAGUUGCUUAGGUUACUGAGUCAACACGUGGAGCAGUGGUCCAAAGCGGACUGUUGGAUGCAAUUGUAUGACAGGUGGUCUUCGGUUGAUGACAUUGGAUCGUUGGCUGUGGUUCACCAAAUGCUGGAAUCAGAUCCAAGAAAGGGCUUGCUUUUUUUUCGUCAAUCCCUUCUUCUCUUGCGGUUAAAUUGCCCCAAAGCAGCCAUGCGUAGUUUGAGAAAGGCACGGGACAACGCAGGCAGUGAUCACGAACGACUGGUGUACGAAGGCUGGAUUUUAUAUGAUACAGGUCACCGUGAAGAAGCAUUGCAGAAGGCAGAAGAGUCUAUUGCUUAUCAGAGGUCGUUUGAAGCAUUCUUUUUGAAAGCCUAUGCCCUAGCAGACACCAGCUUGGAUCCUUCUUCAUCUGCCAAGGUCGUGGAGUUGUUAGAGGAAGCCCUAAAAUGUCCCUCAGACGGACUUCGCAAGGGCCAGGCACUGAACAACCUAGGAAGUGUGUACGUAGACUGUAACAAAUUCAAGCUCGCCGCCGACUGCUAUGUAAAUGCCCUCAAAAUUCGUCAUACUCGAGCCCACCAAGGCUUGGCCCGUGUGUAUGCGCUUCAAGGGGACAGAAAGGCGGCCCAUGAAGAGAUGACACGACUUAUUGAGAAAGCCCGGAACAAUGCUUCUGCAUAUGAGAAGAGAUCUGAGUACUGUGAACGAGACAUGACCAUGGCUGAUCUGAGUAUGGUCACUCAGUUGGACCCUCUGCGCACGUACCCUUACAGAUAUCGAGCUGCAGUCUUAAUGGAUGGUCACAAAGAGCGGGAAGCAAUUAUGGAGCUCAGCAAGGCUAUCGCAUUUAAGGCUGACCUUCAACUUCUUCAUCUCCGUGCUGCUUUUCAUGACUGCAAUGAAGAUUUUGAAGGAGCAAAGCGCGACUGCCGGGCAGCUCUGUCAGUGGAUCCCAGUCAUAGUGACACUUUGGAAUUGCACAACAAGGUUAUGAAUCGUGCUACGUGAAGAAUACCACAACCAAAUAUCAGGUGGACCAAAUUUCUGGCCCCGUGGCUGUUCACUCGAAGCUCGGGACCAAGUUUGGUCCUUCGUGAUAUGUGUGCUCUAUACAUAUUAUACCAGUAAAUAGCAUGUGGCUACGGAUUAUUCGAUAAGUGUGCAUUAUGAGCAAUGUGGUCAGAAAUUCAUUUGAUUGCCUCUCUGGAGGCACUAGGAGAGAAAGGAAAGCUUAUUCUCUCCGCUGGUUAGACACUUGUUCCCCAUGUUACGCCGUGUGUGUUCUUGUUCGGAGAUAAACCAGCAUUAAACCCCAUUUGUUCCCC